AUGAGCCGGAUACAACGGUGCUUCAAGUCUCUGGCCUCCGCUGGCUUCUUUCGCAGUCAGGACGACAACAAAUUGGAACUACUCUCUCAUGGGAGGGAAUAUGCUAACUUGCUACAACAGCACUGGCUGCGACUGCGUCCUCUGGCUGCUUACUUGGGGGACUCCAGCGAAUCCAGUUCCACAUCCAACCAGCAUCGUUUUUCCUUCCCCCAAAGCCAGCAAUUCCUAACGAAUUUUCGAAGACUCCUUAAAGAUCAUCCGCGGAAGGCCAAAUGCCCCACUCUAAUCAAGCACCAGAGCUCGUGCUCCUCUGGCCCUGGCAAUCCACUCUUCGAGAUAAAGUCGCCUUCGGUACUCCUAACCACAGACUUCCUAGUGGAACCACAUCGCGCUCUGGAGCACUUUUACAACAUGCAGCGCGAGAGCAAGAUCUGGUGGAUGCGGCUCUCGUCGAACCCCAGUCGCUACCGCAUUGUUCCCUGCGAUGUGGGCGAGGAGCUCAAUCCUAAAAACUAUCAAGCCAUCGACAUUCGAUCGAGCUACGCGGAAGCGGGAGAAGUGACCGUGGAGCACCUCAGUCUGGUAAGGAUGGAGGACGACAAAGACUUCCUUCUCCCCGAUGCGCGAACGGGAGAGUCUGUGCAGCCGACUGUCAUAAGAUCUGUGAUUGAGCUGGAAACUGCCACCUGCUCUCUUCUCUUGGAUGGCUGUGAUCAUGGUCGAAAUGAGCAAUCCCUGUUGUUGCAUCGUCUCCUGGCGCCGUACCAAUGUGGAAUUGCCUGUGUAGAAAGCGAUUCCGAGCUGUCGGAGGACUUAGCCGAUCUUUGCCUGCACCUUAAGCAUGUUAUCAACCACGCGGGUCUGCGACUCUGUCAAGGCAGUGGAUUUGCUUCGACCAAGGAUGCUGCUCACCUAGCUGAACACCUGCUGGAAUCGGAUAUGCUGGGCGUACCCUAUACACUAGUUUUAAACGAAAAAACGCUGAAGAACGGACUGAUGCAGUUGCGCAGCCGGGACACCAGACUGGCGGAGACCAUACACAUAAGCGAUGUACCGGACUAUUUAUUAAAUAUAUUUAAAAACUAAAAACAACCGAGCUA